AUGUUCCAGGUGUUGUGCAGUUUCGCUGAUGACCCUCCAGAGGUGAUUGAAUCCUUGGUGCGGGACAAGUUUCCCCAUUAUAGCCUUGCUGGAAGAACAGUCACUGGAAAUUUGAAUAUACUCGAGUGGAAAACACUAUUCACUGUGCUGCACAUGACAUUACCGAUCACUCCAGUUUACAUAUGCAUACUGGUGUUGAGACGGAAAAUAAUGGGGUAUCUUAAAGUCGCCAUUAUGUCCAAUAUGACCAGAAACAUGCAUCAGCAAUUACUUUCGGCGCUGACAUGGCAAGCUUGUCUGCCACUGUUCUACGCUUGCUCUGUCCUGUCGUACGCUUGCAGUCAGCUGGGCAUCUACCAUCAUCUACUGCUUGAGCAUAUGGUAUUCAUAUCUUUUAGUUUUAUUCCGGUUCUGAGUCCUAUUUUCUCGCUAUAUUUCGUAAAACAAUACCGCAGAUGUUUGCUACGACUUUUAUUUCGAAGAAAAUGUGCACUUAACAACCAAACUUCCUCCCCGGAGUCCUCUAAAUUUGUUUCCUACAAAUGCUCGAAGUCCUAA